CUUUCGACUUUAAAUUCGCGACUUGUUUUCAUUUUCGUUUCAAAUGGACAGCAAUGACGGCGCACACAACGUGGAUGUAUUCAAUUUAGAGAGCCUGGUGCUCAUUACCGGUCCCUGCUCGACGCUGCCCGAUCACUGUCAGCGCAGACGCCUGCCGCCAGGCUUGGUAUAUCACCCGGUGGUUGAGGCAGCAGAAGGCGAUGAGCCUCUGUAUAUCAAAAACAAGCUGCCUCUGUUUGAGGUCAUAGACGAGGCACCAACUGCUGGCGAAAACAUCGACGAUAGCCCUGCAGCAGCAGUGCUACGGCGAAGGCGGAUGCGGCAACAGCAGCAGAAGCAAACAGCACUGGGCGCUGAUGGCCAAGAGGAGGAUACUAGCGACGCCCACUACCAGCACUUGCACCGCAAGCCAGAAUACGUAGAAAAACGCGUGCGCACUCGGGAGGUCGAGCUCUAUCAGUACGCGCGCUGGCAGGAAGAGUCAGGACGAACGCCAAAACUGCAUGCAAAUAUAGACAGCUGCGCGACACCGAUAGCAGCGACACCGACUGUUGAGCACGACGAGUCGUUGCUGAUCAACGAAACACUAAAGAAGCUUGAGAAUGCACCGACAGCAAACAUGCACAAGCGACAGCGAAUCGGUAUGCGCAAGGAGCUGGCAUCAUUGCUCGAUUCAGCCGGGUUCCAGGAGGCGCGGGUGAGGAGUGGGCGGGCAUCACCGGCUGUUGGCCCGCCAUCUACCCGAUCUGGAUCUCCUCAACCAGGCGCUGGUGUGGAAGCAGAGGGAGCGAACGAGGGCCAAGUAGCCGGGGAGGGGCCAGCAGAGGGAUUGCUCACAUCGGGCGAGCGACGUCUGGCACACUCUACGUCUAUAGUUUUGGAGCAGCUGCUUGUCCAGGCAUCGCGGUUACCCAAUAUCGAUCCGCCCAUGUACCAUCCAUCCUCGUCCCCACCAAUGCAGCAGUCGGACGAUGAGCAGGACGUGGAAGCGGACGACGAAAGCGACAUCGAGCAGAUCCAGCCCUGUGACUUCUCUCUCCCCCACAAACUGUAUGCUGGUCUUAUGAAGCAGCGGACAGGCAGCUAGCAGAUGCAGGCAGACUAUAUAUUCCACUGGUGCUUGACAAACUAGACAAUGCUUAAAAAUAAACAACGAAUGAAG